CAACGACAGCGAGCCCUAUCCCCUCAGCAAAAGCCAGAUGCCUGUUGCCGUCGCGGCCACUGGAUGCCAAGUACUUUUUAUAUACGCCGUCCGCGCCCACGACCCCCGAGACCCGCCUCCCCUCGUCGUCUCGUCUCGCCUCGCGUCGUCUGCGCUCGCGGCUCGUCACAGGUGAGGUCUCGGCGGGAGAGGGGCGGCGGCCGGUCCGUGUCCGUGUCCGUCGACGGUUGGUUCGGGAAUGGCGCAGGCGGUGGUGCCGGCGAUGCAGUGCCGGGUCGGAGUGAAGGCGGCGGCGGGGAGGGUGUGGAGCGCCGGCAGGACUAGGACCGGCCGCGGCGGCGCCUCGCCGGGGUUCAAGGUCAUGGCCGUCAGCACGGGCAGCACCGGGGUGGUGCCGCGCCUCGAGCAGCUGCUCAACAUGGACACCACGCCCUACACCGACAAGGUCAUCGCCGAGUACAUCUGGGUCGGAGGAUCUGGAAUCGACAUCCGAAGCAAAUCAAGGACGAUUUCGAAACCCGUGGAGGAUCCCUCGGAACUACCAAAAUGGAACUACGAUGGAUCUAGCACAGGACAAGCCCCGGGAGAAGACAGUGAAGUCAUUCUAUACCCCCAGGCUAUCUUCAAGGACCCAUUCCGAGGUGGCAACAACGUUUUGGUUAUCUGUGACACCUACACGCCACAGGGGGAACCCCUUCCAACUAACAAACGCCACAGGGCUGCGCAAAUUUUCAGUGACCCAAAGGUCGCUGAACAAGUGCCAUGGUUUGGCAUAGAGCAAGAGUACACUUUGCUCCAGAAAGAUGUAAAUUGGCCUCUUGGUUGGCCUGUUGGAGGCUUCCCUGGUCCCCAGGGUCCAUACUACUGUGCCGUAGGAGCCGACAAAUCAUUUGGCCGUGACAUAUCAGAUGCUCACUACAAGGCAUGCCUCUACGCUGGAAUCAACAUUAGUGGAACAAACGGGGAGGUCAUGCCUGGUCAGUGGGAGUACCAAGUUGGACCUAGUGUUGGUAUUGAAGCAGGAGAUCACAUAUGGAUUUCGAGAUACAUUCUCGAGAGAAUCACAGAGCAAGCUGGGGUUGUCCUUACCCUUGAUCCAAAACCAAUUCAGGGUGACUGGAACGGAGCUGGCUGCCACACAAAUUACAGCACAAAGACCAUGCGCGAAGACGGCGGGUUUGAAGAGAUCAAGAGAGCAAUCCUGAACCUUUCUCUGCGCCAUGAUCUGCAUAUUAGUGCAUACGGAGAAGGAAAUGAAAGAAGACUGACUGGGAAACAUGAGACUGCGAGCAUCGGAACGUUCUCAUGGGGUGUGGCAAACCGCGGCUGCUCUAUCCGUGUGGGGCGGGAUACCGAGGCAAAAGGGAAAGGGCGUCAGUAAUUUUCUACUUUGCAUCCUGUGAGAUGAUUCUUGACGUAACUCUCUACUGUUAAAGCAAGUGCUGGACUGCCGCAAAAUUCUAGGGAAAAAGUCGAACCUAUUUUUGUGCCAGUUUCAUAUUUUGUAAUCCAUUUUUUAAGUAUCCGUGGCCUGUGACCACGACAAACACUAGAAUGCAGGGGACGUUUGUAGUGAAAGAAGAGCAUUCUUCAACACAUCCUUUCUUUCAGAUAUUUAAAUUUUGACGUGGCCCUUUCUCACCCUUGUCUUCUCUGACAGGUUACCUGGAAGACCGUCGGCCGGCAUCAAACAUGGACCCGUACAUUGUGACGGGGCUACUGGCCGAGACCACGAUCCUCUGGCAGCCAUCCCUCGAGGCGGAGGCUCUUGCCGCCAAGAAGCUGGCGCUGAAGGUGUGAAGCAGCUGAAGGAUGGUUCAGGCACCAAUAUAAACCGGUCCGCGACAAGAUUGAUCUUUGUGUCCAUGGCGUGGGUCUUGCGACUCUCUGCUCGGCGGUGCCACUCUGUACAAAAUCACGGCUGUCUUUGAUUCAUCGGAUAUUCGGAUACGUUUGUUUGUUACUUUUUGCUUGGACACCCACCAUGUUUGGAACUUUUUUGGGCUCCGUUUGGGGGCUGAACGAUGGUCAGUGGAAAUUUUAAAAAUU